AUGGCUGCCCUGCGGAAGAACCCCACACGUUCACCGGGGGCGCCGCACAUCUUCGAGGCGUGGGCCCCGCCCCCGACGGCGGCGCGCGUGCGCGGGGAUAAAAGCGAGGCCGGGUCGGCGCGUGGUCAGUUCCAGGGCAGGGGCGGUGCGGCGAGGAGCUGCAUGGCGCAGGGCGGAGUGCGGCGGCCGGCAGCCCUGGGCCUGGCGCUGCGGCUGCUGCUCGGCUUCGGGCUGGGCCUGAAGGCAGCCCCGAUGCCGACCCAGACCUUGGCCCAGGCCCCAGGCUCCUGCUCGCCCACCAGCUUCCAGUGCCGCACGAGUGGCUUCUGCGUGCCCCUCAUUCUGCGCUGCGACGGUGACCAGGACUGCCCCGACGGCAGCGAUGAGGAGGACUGCAGUAUCAAGCCUUGUGCCCAGGACGGAGAGUGCCAGCCACCCACUGGCAGCCCCUGCCCUUGUGACAACGUGGAGGACUGCCGAGAUGGCAUUCACGAGAACGGUCACAACUGCAGUUCCCAGCCCUGCCCGGCGGGGGAGCUCCGCUGCCUGCUGGGCGGUGCCUGUGUCCCACACACGUGGCUCUGCGAUGGCCAUCCCGACUGUCCCGACUCCAGUGAUGAGCUUGGCUGUGGAACUGAGACCCUCCAGGAAGGGACUGCCACAUCCACGGGGACCCCCGUGACCCCGCACAGUGUCCCCUCUCUCAGGAAUGUCACAGCCACCCCCACUGGGGACGAGGACUCCGUCCAGUCUGGAAACCGGAGUGCUUGGGGGGUUAUCGCAGCUGCGGUGGUGCUGAGUGCCGGUGUGGCCGCCAUCUCCCUGUUCGUGCUGUCCCGGCUCUGUGCCCGCGGGCGCCUGCACCCGCUGGGGCUGCUGGUGGUCGUGAAGGAGUCGCUGCUGCUGUCAGACAGGAAGCCCUCGCUGCUCUGAGGACAAGCUCUUGCCACCCAGGCUCCUGGUCCCGGAGCGGCAGCAGCUCUGGAGACCUGGUACGUCAGCGGCGGCGCACGGGUGCUGGCACACCAGCCCUCAGCCGUGGGUCCUUCUGGCCAGGCAGCACCGUGGAGCCGAGCUCCUGCAGCCGGUCCCAGAGAGGCUGGGGGUGCCGGGACCCUGGAUGGGGAGUGCAUCACAGUCGGAACGGAGGGGCUGGCCCCAGUCUGCUCCGGGGCGCGGCCCCACACGUAGGCACUCCUCCUGCCCUCAUCGGAAGGUGCUGAUUAAAGUUACUUCACAUCCUC